GAGCACACAGCAAGAACACACCAAGCCAAGCCAAGCCAAGCCAACCCGACCCAUCCAACCACCCAAAGAUUCGCCAUGGCAAGGCCUCCCGCCAGGAAGUUGCGGCGGCGUCAGUGUUUCGAAUUCCCCGUCCUGCUGCUGGUCUCCGCAUUCCCCGCCAAGCACGGGACCCUCCGGUGGGGACCGUCCCCCGCGGUUGCCCUUUCCCCGGCCAAGGGGGCGGGGCCACCCGUAACGGAGGUGGGGGGCCUCCCGGUCCACCGGGCCCACCACAGCAUCAACAAGAAAAACAACAACAACAACGAAAACGACGACGACGACGACGACGCCCCCCCGUACUGCUUCGCCCUCAGCUCGAUCGCCGGCCUUCCCCCGGCCACCAACUUUCUGGCGACGCAGGUGUGGCCGUCCGCCCGCGUGGCGGCGGCCACCCUGGAGGACCGGGUCUUUGGGAGCAGCGGGCUGCUCGUUUCGGCGACGGGGGAGGGCCCCCCGACCGUCUGCGAGCUGGGCUGCGGGCCGGGCCUCCCCUCCCUCGUGGUGGCGGCGGGGGCCGCAGCAUCCGGGGAAGGCGGCUGUGCCGUGAGGGUGAUCGCCACCGACGUGGACCCCUUCGCCCUGGACCUGGUCGCUGCCGCGGCGGGAGAGCAGGGCCUCCUUGCCGACGGAAGCGGCGGAGGGGGGGUCCUUUCCACCCGGGUCCUGGACCUGGUCCGAACCGGGGAGCGCCUCGCCGAAGAGGACAGCGGCAGCGGCAACGCCAACACCAUAGACGACGACAUCGACAACGACAUCGACAACGACGAUUCGUUGUCGUGGCUGAGGGACGUGGACCUCUUUGUCCUGUCGGACGUCUUCGAGUCGGGGGCCGUCGCGGCCGGGGCCGCGAGGCUGACCCACCGCGUCCUGUCGUGGGGAGCAAGCGAGACCAAACCCCGCAGGCCGAGGAGGGUGUGGGUCUUUGCCCAGACGGACCGCGCGCAGCGGGAGGCCUACCGGGAGGAGCUGGGGGCCCUCCUCGGUUUCGAGGCCGUCCCGGAGUGGUCGUCCCCGGAAUCCUUCGGCGUCUCGGACCUCCUGUGGCUGUGCGACGUCGACGAGACGCUGGUCGCCUACGGAUAGGGCGGAGCGGAGCGGGGCGCGUGGUUGCGGGGCUUGGACCAGCGAAAACACUAUAGA